GGGGCCUACCGGAUGUUCAUUGCAUUUUGGAUCCUUGGGUUGCUCAACAACUUCCUUUGGGUGACCAUGAAUGCAGGGGCCAACAGCAUCAACCGGGCAGGAAUAGCUCUGGUGUACUUGGCCAAUGUGGUACCAUCGUUGACCAUGAAGCUCACUGGGCCCUACUGGUUCCAUUGGGUGAGCUAUAGGCAGCGCAUGUGUUGGAUGGCGCUGCUGAUGGUCUUCAGUCUGGGAACUGUGGCCUGGGCCGACAGCCCAUAUUGGAAACUGCUGGGAGUGGCCUUCUGUUCCCUGGCCUGUGGCAUGGGCGAGGCUUCGAUCCUGGCGAUGACCAGCUUCUACGACGCCCAGGUCUGUUUGGCUGCUUGGUCGUCGGGCACGGGAUUUUCUGGCAUCGCUGGAUAUUUGUGGUCCCUGACGUUUGAUGGCCUGGACAUUUGCUUCCAGGUACAAUUGAUGGUUGCGUUAUGGAUUCCAGUGGCUUGGCUCUUCACCUUCUUUGUGAUUUUGGGCGUGCCGUGGAUUGACAAAGUCCGUAAUCAGGCGCGGCAGGAAGAUGACGAGCAAAGCCAGGACUUGCGUGACGCUAGCUGCCAUGGCCGGCGGUGGAUGGCCACGGAGACCCUUACGAUGAAGGAGCGCUUCCAAUUCAUUUUGCGGCUCUGGCCUUACACGGUGCCGCUCUUUUGGGUCUACGCCUCCGAAUACCUGAUCCAAAGCGGCUUCUGGGCCGCCAUGGGUUUCCCUGUCACUGACCCGGUGAGUCGAAGGCAUUGGUACAAGUGGUCCAAUUUCACCUACCAGAUCGGCGUCUUUGUUUCCAGGAGCUUCUUCAGCCUCAUCUGCCGGUCACGGAAGAUCCUUUGGCUCGGAGGCUUCCUGCAGGUCUUCUUCGCAGUGUUCUUCCUGGCAGCGGCCUUGGAACCCUUUGGUGAUUGGUGGCUGCUUGUCCCGGCACUCUGUGUGGGUCUGCUGGGUGGUGGCGUCUACGUUGGAGCCUUCUCUCUCAUAGCGCAGGAACAGCCUGCAGCCUAUGUGGAGCUGGCCUUGUCCUCGGCUUCGGUGGCCGACACCUUCGGGAUGAUCGUGGCCAGUGUUCUUGGAGUCAUUGUGCAGGGUUGCAUCUUCGGUGAAAUGAAGGUGAUGGAUGUCACACCAGACUUCACCUGUGGAUUCGACAUCUGGGAGCAGAUGAACCGAAGCAGCUUUUAUUCGAGUGGCCCAGUCUAUGCCAAGUACUGUUUUCCAGGCGUGAAGGGAUGACCGGAACAUCGAAAGGAUGAAAAGCGAUGGGCGCCUAAGAUGGGCGCCGAUGGGGUGGUUGCUUG